CACUGUUGACUGUCUUCCUUUUCUGAAUAGUCAUGCAAAUCUCGUACCAUUCAAACGUUAUUUUUACUCAGUUCAAUCUACUCUGCAGAGCUUCACUACUCUCUUUUUUGUCUUUUUCUUCCUUCUUUUUCAUGUUUUCUAUGGAUUUUCUUCUAUAAAUUCUCACUGAAAUUUAGUUCAGAAAACUGUCUUCUCUUUGUUUCUCUCCUUGAAAUCCUUCAUGGCUAAAUGCUCUGCUCUGCUUUUUUUCGUAGUUUUCUUUCAGUUUUUACUCAUUUCAUCUGAAACUGAGUUUGAGAAAAUUCAAACUUUCAUUGUUGGAGUUCAGAAUGAUUUGAAACCUUCUGCUUUUUCUGAUGCUGAACAGUGGUAUAAAUCCACUCUUCGAAGCCUUAGUUCAUAUCCUCAAUCCAGCCAAACAGAAAAAACCCAAGAAUUUCUACAUGUUUAUAGAACAGUUUUCCAUGGGUUUUCGGUUAAACUCACCCCAGAACAAGCCCAAGAACUCAAAAAUCGUCGGGAAAUUCUCGCUGUUUUACCAGACCGCCUGCGCCAAUUACAUAUAACUCGGUCACCACGCUUUCUUGGAUUGUCCUCAAUCAACCCUUCUGAAUUGUUAACGGAGUCCGACUCGGGCUCUAAUGUCGUUAUUGGGAUCUUCGACACUGGAAUAUGGCCGGAACGACGGAGCUUCCAUGAUGAAGGACUUGGUCCGAUUCCGGCUACCUGGAAAGGCGAGUGCAUUGAAGGUGAUAAUUUCACAAAAGCCAACUGCAACAAAAAAAUAAUUGGUGCUCGAUAUUUUACUGCCGGAUAUGAAGCCCAUACUGGUGGAAUUAAAGACACUGAAGACAUUAAGUCUGCUAGAGAUAGAGAGGGCCAUGGAACCCACACCACCUCCACCGCUGCUGGUAGAGCCGUGAGCAAUGCCUCUCUUUUUGGUUAUGCUCACGGCGUGGCGGUGGGAGUUGCACCGAAAGCUCGAAUUGCAGUGUAUAAAAUUUGCUGGAAACAUGGCUGCAUGGAUUCUGAUAUUCUCGCUGCCUUCGACAAAGCGGUGGAGGACGGCGUCAAUAUCAUUUCAAUCUCAGUUGGCGGUGGUGCCGAGCCAUAUAAUGUGGAUCCAAUUUCAAUCGGAUCAUUUGGUGCUAUGGAGAAGGGUAUUCUUGUCUCAGCAUCGGCAGGCAAUGAAGGUCCCAGUAAAAUGACAGUUACAAAUGUUGCUCCAUGGAUCACCACCGUAGGUGCUAGCACGAUUGACAGGAAAUUUCCAGCUGAUCUUGUGCUUGAAGAUGGGCGGGUGAUCAACGGCGCAUCAGUCUAUAGCGGUCAUUCUUUGUCUGAAAAGACAUAUUUCCCCAUUAUUUACGCCGGAAAAGCCUCGUCAAAUUCGAGUAGCGGUGGUAGACGUGCGGGAAGUUUCAUGGCUGCCACUUGCAUGGCAAACUCGCUUGACAAAGAAUUAGUACGAGGCAAGAUUGUGGUGUGUGACAGAGGCGGCACGACCCGCGUUUCGAAAGGUGAAGUUGUCAUGAAAGCUGGUGGCGUUGCCGUGGUGGUUGCCAAUGUAGCACCCAUCGGAGAAGGCCUUGUCGCUGAUUCUCAUCUGAUUCCCGGCCUUGCUAUUACCGAAUCGGCUGGUCACACUGUUCGCGAUUACAUAAACUCUAACCCAAACCCAAGAGCAAAAAUUAUUUUUCGGGGGACCGUAAUCGGAGUAAAACCGGCUCCUGUUGUUGCAUCGUUCUCAUCAAGAGGCCCCAACAUCGAUUCCGUGUAUGUGCUGAAGCCUGAUGUCAUUGCGCCAGGUGUAAACAUUUUGGCUACUUGGCCUGAUGGUUUGUCACCGACUGAGCUAGCCAUUGACAUGCGGCGCACUGAAUUUAACAUGGCUUCAGGGACAUCAAUGUCAUGCCCGCAUGUUUCCGGCGUAGCGGCGCUGCUAAAAGGGGCCCACCAGGACUGGUCGCCGGCAAUGGUUCGAUCGGCUUUAAUGACCACCGCUUACACUCAAGAUCUUGACGGGAAUCCGUUGCUUGAUGAAAGAUCUUAUAACUUAGCAACAAUAUACGACAUGGGUGCCGGGCAUGUGAAUCCUGAAAAGGCUGUUGAUCCUGGAUUGGUUUAUGAUUUAACUGCGAAUGAUUACGUGAAUUUUCUAUGUGCAUCAAAUUUUACUAGUCGGGAUGUCCGGCAGAUUGCUAGGAGACCAGUGAGUUGCGGGAAGAAGCAAUCUGAGCCGGGGAAUUUCAAUUAUCCGGCAAUUUCAGUAGCUUUUGAAGCUUCUGAACCAUUAGAUUCUAUUGUUGUUUCUAGGACAGUGACACAUGUUAGCGACAAUGCAGCUACCUAUGAUGUUAGUGUGACAAAUCCAAAAGGUGUAAUUGUGACAGUAACUCCAUCAAAAAUGGAUUUUAAAAUGAAGGGCGAAAAGCAGAGUUACAUGGUCAAGAUCGCAGCAGAGAAGUUGUCGGUGUCACCGGGGAAUUCAGUGGCGGAGGUGGGGAAGAUAAUUUGGUCAGACGAGCGGCACCAAGUAGUUUCACCGGUGGUAGUGGUGUGGCGACAAGGGUAUUAAUCUUACCCUUGAAUUAUGUUAUUCAGUUUCAUAGUAGUUGCUUUGUGACACCAAAAAGAUGUUAUUACUUGGCAGUACCGAAAGUGAAUGAUGCAAAGCCAAAUAUUGCUAUGUUAUUAUGACUUUUCUAUAAUGCA